AUGCUUCUUUCGUUUCUCUUGGCAUGGGCCACUUCCGUUGCUGCCAUUACUGUCACUACAGCUACUGCAUCUUAUACCAUUAACACCGAGAGUAGCUAUGGCUUCACCACGGUGAUUAGCCGUACUACCUGUGACAUCACCUCUCUAAAGUAUUACGGCACUGAGUACCAGUACUCGAGCACUUACAGCCAUAUCGCUUCUGGUCUGGGCUCCGCAACCGUAUCUUACACCACAAGCGGCAAUUAUGUCAUCGUCAAGUGUGUCGCCAGCAGUAGUGAUUUCGACUUGACUCAUUACCUCGUCUUUGCCGACGGCGAGAACAACAUCUAUAUGGGCACUUAUACUAAUAGCGAACCGGCCAUUGGCGAACUACGAUUCAUCUUCCGUCUGACUGGUCUCACGGAGACGUACCCAACUUACUCCUAUGGCGAUGUUUCUGACACGGCUAGUGGCACUGCCAUCGAAGCCUCCGACGUCUACACAGUCAGCAGCCAGACACGUAGCAAGUUCUACUCGUCAGAAAGAUUCAUCGAUAACUCUGCCUACUGUGCUACCGACUCUGGUGCCAGCAUCCAUGCCUGUUGGGUUCGACCUGAUCAGAAGGCCACCGAGAAGAGUUCUGGGGGACCUUUCUUUCGCGAUAUCAACUUGAACUGGGGAGGCAGCUACCACUCGGUCACAUAUUACAUGAACUCCAACCACGCCCAAACCGAGACCUACCGCCAAGGUUUCCAUGGACCUUACGUAUUCUCCUUUACUCGAUCAGGCAUCCCCAAAGCCAGUGACUAUGAUGUCUCCUUCUUCGACAACCUGGGCCUGACAGGUUACACGAAAGCCUCGGGCCGUGGCACCGUCAAGGGUACCGCAACAGGUGUCUCCAGCAGCUUCCCGAUUGUCGUCCAUUGGUAUAAUGCCAACUACCAGUACUGGGCGUACGCUUCAUCCGCCGGGGCCUUCACAUCGCCUGCCAUGGUUGCCGGUACAUACACUAUGAGGCUCUACCAGGACGAGUUUUUAGCUGCUACCCAGUCUGUUACCGUCACUGCUGGUGGCUCAGUCACCUCCAACAUUGCGGCUUCGAGCACCGUUUUGACCUCAUCUCACACAACCAUCUUCAAAUUGGGUGACUACGAUGGUCAGCCUACUGGUUUCUUGAAUGCCGACAAGCAGCUGCGCAUGCACCCGUCCGACAGCCGCAUGUCAUCCUGGACCCCCGGCACCGUCGCCAGCACCGCGGCCUCGUCUCUCCCCAUGGCUCUAUUCAAGGAUGUCAACAGCGGAACCAAGAUCAGCUUCUCCCUGUCCGCGGCUGUCAGUAAGGCGGCGACCCUGCGCAUUGCAACCACACUGUCAUUCGCGGGAGGUCGUCCUCAAGCUAUCGUCAAUGGCUACACCUGCACAGCACCGUCGGCACCCACGACCAUUGAUAGCCGUGGUGUCACUCGUGGCGCAUACCGUGGCUGGGGUGAUAUUUACGACUGCAGCGUCCCGAGCGGCACCUUGGUCAGUGGCUCCAACACCGUCACCAUCAACAUCAUUAGCGGAAGCAGUGGUGAUGACUUCUUGAGCCCCAAUGUGAUCCUUGACGCCAUAGAGCUCUUCUACUAA